GCUCAUCCCCGGCAAGGAGUAUGCUUAAAAAACACACAACUGAUUUCAUUCUACCUUGUUUGGUUGCUUUGACGAUGUUGUGUUGUGAUGAGAGAUUUGGUCACCUCAUCUGGAAUGGCUGCUAUUGCAACAGAACCAAGGAGAAGGAGCUGGGCACCGUGGGAGCAUCUGAACUUGAUUGGCCCCAAGUAUGGAGGAGCAGCAGAUCCAAGGGGACACAUUCAUGCCAUCCGUGAUACUACCAGCAUCAGCUGAAGCUGCUGCCCUCUGGUUUGAUGACGUAAAGUUGGCCAGCAAAUGGAGUUGGAAGGAUGGCCCGAAUGUGGUCCUUGGGAUUGACGGAGGUGCAACGAAAACCAGUUGUGUGGCUGUGGCAAUUCAUCCUUCCGCAUCCGAAAAUGUGUAUGCAUCUGAUUGCGACACAAUGGAUCGAUGGACGUUGGACGCAAGAGGCUUUGAAGAUGGCACACUUAGUCAAAAUUUGUUGGUUCUUGGUCGAGGAACGUCAGGAAGUGCAAAUCAUAAUAGUGUGGGUGUUGCAGUGGCAAGGAGGUCAUUGGAAGAGGCUAUGGCCUCAGCUUUGCAGCAGGCCCAGCUUCCACGGGCAGCGGUAAGAGGCAUUUGUAUGGGCAUAGCAGGAGUAGAACCUUCGGCAGAGAAUGAGAUCAUAAAAAGCUGGGUCAGGUCCAUUUUUCCAGGAUGCAUCCCAGUGUGGGUUUACAACGACGCUAUUGUGGCACUAUCAAGUGGGACAAAUGGGAAACUCUAUGGCUGUGUGUUGAUUGUUGGAACAGGGACCAUUGCUUUUGGUGUCAACCAGAGUGGAGCCAUGGCUCAUGCAUCAGGAUGGGGUCCAGCUCUAGGUGACAAAGGGAGCGGGCAUUCCAUAGGAACGGAUGCAUUAACGGCUGUUGCACGCUCCUUGGAUGGAAGAGGACCACCUACUUCUCUCACUGCUGCAAUUAUGGGACAUCUUAGAGUCUCAACUGCACAAGAGCUCAUCACAUGGGCAUAUGAGGAUUCAUCAUGGGCACGAAUAGCAGCUCUGGUCCCAUUGGUCAAAGCAUCUGCAGAAUCAGGGGAUGCAGAGGCUUUGCGAAUCAUUGAUGAGGCAGCAGCUGAGCUCCUCCUCAGCGUCAGAGUGACAGCAGAGAAACUCAACCUUGCAAGAGGGGGCAGCGGCAAGGAUGCCUUUCAGGCGGGCGCUUAUGACGGGGAGGAUGGUGCCGAGUUGAGCACUGGGGAUGGAGAGAGAAGUCCACAUACAGCAGCCAAAGGACGAACAUUCCCACUAGUGCUGGUAGGUGGUGUGUUGAAGGAAGGCAUCAUUUUGGAGCGCUUUCUCGGAAGACUACAGAAGGAGAUCCCAUCAGCCAAGGCAGUGAAACCUAUUGUGGACCCCGCAGUGGGAGCAGCAAUGCUGGCAAUGACGAACAUUCAAGCAAGUGGCACCAUGCUUAUUGGCCCAGCAUGAGCACUUGGGACACCAGUUUGUCCCAGUCAUGGUAGAGUGUACGACUGUAAACCGGGACAGAAAACCUGGAUAUCAAUCUCACUCAGCGAAUUUCACUUCCUCAAAUCUGUAGUUCGAAUCUGUCAUGUAAAAGUUUCUCGAGUGAUGUUUUCCGUGGCGAAGCGCGUCAGGACACAGUGGCUGUUCCGUUGUUACAUUUCGGCAGUGUUUGCAUUCUACAGGUACGAGGACUCUGCCUACACUCCAGAAGAUUACAGCUUCUGCAAACGCGAGGCCCAUUGUGAGCGUCAAGGACGUGCAGCAUUGUAUGAGGUAGCACUGAGUUUGUCCAUUUUCUGCUAGGACAACUUUGGAGAACAGGAAAGGGAUAACAAAGCCCCUUGUUUUGCCGAUACGGAAGCUCGUGGGUCGCACAGGUCCUCGGUUUUCCCAACACACCUUGAGAAACAGUCUAAAACAGACCUGAAGCCAUUUGUUCUGAUAACCCACUGUCUGCUAAGAAGACGGUGUGUGUGAAGUUGUGAACCUUUGUCUAGUAUGGCAAGCUCAGUCCAAGAUUGCCUGUGCAUCCCGCUGAUGCAGGCCAACCCACCAAACACUUGCAACGUCUUUGCCUUUUUUCCUCCGAAUCAAAAGACCUCAUUAAUAUCAAAUGAGACCAGUGUCCUUACAGUCUGGCCCAUAAACAGCAAGAUACUUGGAACUGUUACCCGUCAACAGUUUACUGUUCUGUCAGGCUUUACAGCCCCUUGACGACCGAACAUCAGUGCACUGGCAAUGGCUUAACAUAAUUGGCCUCUGGGAAUACAUGUGCAGCUCUUCACAGAGUCUUCAGUAUUCAGCGAGUUCCCAGCCCAAAAAUGCUUCUGCUUGAUUUCCGAGAUCGACAGGCUUCUGCUUGAAUUUUCUGAGAUCGACAGCGUCUUGCUUGGUUGAGACAACUGGGACAUGCUUUGAGGCCAUAUUUUGAACCAGUGAGGGGUUGAAAGAAGCGACAAGUGAAAAAGGGACAGACAAGGUAAAUGCCAACAUCGAUGGAGAUGGAACUGCAAAAAAAUGGAGGAGAAGGUGACACACAGACAGACUGCAGCACCUCGACUCUGUCGAUCGACAUGCUGUUCACUAGACGCCCGCUAAGUGAAACUCCAUUUGACGAGAAUCUGCAGGGAAGGUUAGAACCUGAAAUGCGCCUUUCAGGUUGAUCCUGAUAGUGAGUUUUGAAUCGGAACCAGUGGGGCAUUAAGACGUCGGCCUGUGAAGUCGAGGUCGUCGGUUCGGAUCCGUGCUUGCACGGAGGAGGACUUGGGACGCGGAUGUGCGGAAUCACUGCGGAUCCGCUUCGCCGCUAUGUUAUGGCUGUACCGAUAACUUGUACUGCAGUAGCAGGAACUGUAGUUCCAGAUCCUCAAGCCGGGAUUCUUUUGCUUUUUUUAAUUUUUAUUUUAAACUUCCAUCAAGUUGACAAAAGUAGACAUUUCUCAUCGUUUGAAGAGUUUGACAUUUCUCACGUUUUCUUCAAUAUACACGGGAGGUCUACAAUGUGCACAUGAAGGCAACGUGCUGGAGGAUAUGGUUGCAGGCUGGGUCCAUUAUGAGGUGAUGAGAAUGGAAGGGCUAUGGGAAUUGGUUUCAUGAGCGCUUCUGGCCGACGACGUAAUCUGUGACAUAGUGUAUGCUGGAAAAAG